AUGGCAUAUUUCUCGGCGAGACUGAAGCUUCUCUCUAGCAGCGACGGAAGAUUCUCGUUUGAUUCCAGAGACCAAUUCCGACACGGGCUUUACACGGCCGCCGGUGGAGGAGGAUCAUCGCCGUCGAUUCCGGUGCGCAGGAGGAGCCGAUUAAACUUCGUCGCGAGAGUCUCUUCGUCUUACUCCUUCUCUUCCAAGAGAAAGAAACUCAUUGAUUUCGAUAACAGCGACGAAGACGGCGAUGACUGGAAUUUUGAUGGAGACGACGAUGGGUUAGAGACUGAUGACGAUGAUCUUUCUUGCUUCAGAGGCUUAGUUCUUGACAUUUCUUACAGGCCUGUCAAUGUGGUUUGCUGGAAGAGAGCAAUUUGUCUAGAGUUCAUGGAAAAGGCCGAUGUUCUGGAGUAUUAUGAUCAAGCUGUUACUUCUCCUAGCGGUGUAUACUAUAUACCUGCUGUGUUAAGGGUUCCACAUCUACUUCAGGUUGUGAAAAGAAGAAGAGUGAAGAACACACUGAGUCGUAAAAACAUUUUACUCCGAGACGAUUACACUUGUCAAUAUUGUUCUACACGUGAGAACUUGACCAUUGAUCAUGUUAUACCAAUCUCUCGAGGUGGAAACUGGACCUGGCAAAAUCUGGUGGCUGCAUGCUCAAGAUGCAACUCAAAGAAAGGUCAAAAGACAGUGGAAGAAGCACAUAUGAAGUUACUUAAGCCCCCAAAGGAACCAAAAGACUAUGACAUUGUUGCGAUACCAUUAACAAACGCAGCUAUAAGGUUGCUGAGAUCGAACAAGGCAACGCCAGAAGAAUGGCAUCAGUAUCUUGGGAAACCCUCUUCCUCGCCAUAG